AUGGAACAUAAAGAUUUAAGAGUACUACCAUUACACAAAUUUCCACAAUAUUUAAAACCAUGCUGUGACUUAAUUAACGAAGAAUGGCCUCGUAGCGAAACGGCUAGGAUGAUGUCUCUACAAGCUUCGUGUGACCAUUUACCGACAAGUUUAAUUUUAAUAAAUGAUCAAAGACACAUCCUGGGACAUUGUAAGCUUUCACGGAUACCAAGAAUACCAGACAGCUGUUUCCUGGAAUCAGUCGUGAUAAGGAAAUCUAUGCGAGGGAAAAAACUAGGAACAUAUCUCAUGGGACAAGUAGAAAACUACUGCAAGCAUGUUUUGAGAUUAAAAAUGGUAUAUCUGUCUACUAGAGGCCAAGAGGAUUUUUAUAGUAAAUUAGGAUACGAAAUAUGUGAACCGAUCAGUAUUUAUGGAGGGAGUACAGUUAGUUACAAGACUCCGAUCGCCAAAAAUAAAAGUCUGCCUCCGAAGGUCAUAAACAAUUCCAAGGACACCUCUAUCCCCCCACCCCCACCGAUGCCAGUACCUCAGAACAUUAAUACCGCCGUUAAAAGUAAUAUGACAUACAUGUCCAAAAAAUUAAGCUGA